AUGUCCUACACCUGCUGCUCUGGAAACUUCUCCUCCUGUUCCCUUGGGGGCUACCUGUGCUACCCAGGCUCCUUCUGUGGCUCUUACCCCAGCAACCUGGUCUACCACACUGUUCUGCUCUCCCAGCACCUGCCAGCUGGGAUCCUCUCUCUCCUGUGGCUGUCAGGAGACCUGCUGUAA